UGUAGAUUAACCACGAGAAGGUGAACAUGUCUCCAUCACUGGCCGUGUUUUUAUUUUGUUUUUUUACUUUGACUCAGGCGAACUCGCAUUCACCCAGGAUGACGUUCACAUUGAACGAGUCUCAAGUUGAAUCGUUUUCUUUACCUGGACAAUACGUCCCCGUGCAGAUUCUCCUGGAAGAGCAGCCAGAUGUUGUCACGUCUGUUGGAAAAACAAACCUAAACUUCUACCGCUUUAAAAGCCAGAAGACUGCAGUGAUGACCCAAACUUUGAGGAUAUCUUCUAGAAACAAGGAUUCUGGGGAGACGAAGGUGGUGUGGAAGGAAUGCACUGAAGACUGCGACUACAACAUCACAGUGGUCCAUCAGAGGGAGGUGAACGGGCCGGUGUUCGUGUGUGGGACCAACGGCAAGAACACUCUGUGCUGUUCCAUGAAUUUAACAGAACAAUCACAUGAAUGUGUUCCCUCAGAGGGACUGAGCAAAAUUCAGCAAACGAUAAGAGAAUUUGUCAUUAAGGGAGGUGAACAUUCUCUCCUCACAGGAUCUGAACAAAGUCAAGAUCUCUACAUCACAUACUCUGGAGCUCAUGAGUGUGCUGGCAUCCACAAGUUUGGGAGUGGAAGAGUAGGACCACCGACCCACGAUAAAGAGCAGCACUAUGUGGGUUUGGUGCUCAGCAGGAGGAAUGAUAGCUCCCAGAACAAGAUUUAUGCUUUCUAUAAGCAGAAAAACAAAGACACAAGACUGGAUGGAGACAUGUGGCUCUCCUAUGUGAGCCAAGUUUGCAUGUCAGAUACUGGUGGUUCCAAGAGCACUCUGCAGUUUAGCUGGACGUCUCUGAUGAAUACCAGACUCUUCUGUGGAAACCCAAACACCAAACAGGAUUUCUCUGAGCUGGUAGAUGUGGCCACUGUUCAUUCAGACCGGUGGGAAGAAACUAAGGUCUACGCUCUCUUCAGGAAUGAAUGGGGCAUGAGCGCUGUCUGCGUCUACACAAUAGGAGACAUUGACAACGUUUUUACAACAUCCCCGUUUAAAGGGUCCUUCACAUACGAUGACAUAGACAAACGCAGGAAAAGGUGUGUCCCUGACAGCACCAAGAUUUCUCCAAACGUCCUGAUGAGGAUUAAAGUGACCUCAGAAGUGGAGCAGUGGGUGCAGCCUGUGAACAGGUUUGGACCUGUUGUCAUUAAGCACCACAACUACACUCACAUCUACGUUGAUGCUUCCCAGAAGACGGCGAAUAGUCAUCAUCAGGUCGUCAUGUUUCUCUCCCUGAAUGAUGGAAAAAUUCACAAAGCAGUGCAGAAUGGGAGUCAUUCACUUCUCAUCGCUGAGUAUCAACCAUUCAACCACAGCGCCCACGUCCACAGUCUCCUCCUUCACGCUCCCUCUAGGAAGUUGUACAUGAACACCAGAAGUGAGCUCGUCCAGCUGGAUGUUGCAAACUGUGCUCGGUAUGGAGACACCUGUGAGGAGUGUGUCCUGUCCGGGGACCCUUACUGUGACUGGAUCAACGCCGGCUGCAGAACCGUGACACACACUCUUCAGGACAUGGACAGAAGGCACGAGGACGUCUGCCAGAAACAAGCCCCCCUCAUACGUCCACUCAUCGAGAACAAGGUGAUGAUGUCUCCUCAAUCCAAUUACUUUCUGAGCUGCCCCGUGUCGUCCCACCACGCUCAGUACACCUGGCACCACCCCGGUGGUACGACGCCCUGCGACCUGAAGGACAAGAUGUGCAUUCUUCUGAUUGAGAACAUGGGUCCAAGUCAGAUGGGUCAGUAUGAAUGUGUGGCAGAGGAGAUGGGGUACAGCAGAGUCCUGAAGCAGCAGUAUCUAGAGCUGAGGAACACGGCGGGAGGGCGGACAGCAGAACCUGCGCUCUGGGUGUGUUUGGUGGUUCUCCUGGUCAAGAGCUUCUAG